AUUGCAAGCUAGCUAGAUGCUUUUGAAUAGCCACUGGGAACCAUGCAAAUCAAGCGACCACAGUAUAGGCUUCGUGCUGCCUGGAAAUAGUUGCCUUAUUGUUAUUAUAGCUGCAUAAGGAAAAUCAAACAAUCUGCAUAAUAGCUUCUUUGAGCCCAUGGUAGUGUACUAGUCUAACUAGAUUAUCACUAUUCUCGAGCCACUAUAUAAAAUCCUGGCCUGCAGUUGCCAAAGCACCACGACGUGGCUAUGGCGCGUCCGCACUGGUCCCUCGUACUAGCAGCAGCAGUAUUCGCCGCCUUGACAUCGCUGCAAGCGGCGGCCGUCGGCACUGCUUCCUCCGACCUUGCCGCUCUGCUCGCUUUCAAGGCGCAGCUCUCCGACCCUCUCGGCAUCCUCCGGGAGGGCUGGACCGCCAACGUGUCCUUCUGCCGCUGGACCGGUGUGUCGUGCGGCCAGCGCCACCGGGAGCGCGUGACCUCCCUGGUGUUGCCGGACGUGCAGCUGGACGGACCGCUCUCCCCUCACCUCGGCAACCUCUCCUUCCUCACUGUGCUCAACCUCACCGGCGCCGGCAUCACCGGCACCAUCCCGGCCGACCUCGGCCAGCUGCGUCGCCUUAGGUACCUCCAUCUCGGACGCAACCGCCUCUCGCUCUCCAUUCCCUCUUCAUUUGGGAACCUCACAAGCCUCGAAUUUCUUGAUGCGAGCAUCAACAAGCUCUCUGGUGAGAUCCCAGUGGAGCUGCAGGGAUUGCACAAUCUUGAAUACAUAGCUCUGCAUGCCAAUCAACUGAGUGGCAGUAUCCCAGCUCAUCUGUUCAACAGCACGCCCAUGUUAAACCAUGUCUCGCUGGCGAACAACAGCUUGUCGGGAUCGAUACCUGACGGCAUUGGCUCCUUGCCCAUGCUUGAAUUCCUCGCCCUGCAGAUAAACCACCUCUCCGGCGCGAUGCCCCCAGCCAUCUUCAACAUGUCCAGGCUCAGAUUUCUGUACAUGGCCAAUAACAAUCUGACUGGCCCCAUCCCUGGCAACAACGUCACCUUCAGCCUCCCCAUGCUGCAGGUGAUAUCCCUGUCUCUGAACAACUUCACGGGCCCGAUCCCGUCAGGCUUUGCGUCGAGCAAGGACGUCCGGAUCAUCUCUCUAUCUGAGAAUCACUUCACGGGCCCUGUGCCAACAUGGCUGGCCAAGCUGCCACUUCUUACUGGCCUUUUGUUCGGCGGGAAUGAGCUCGUCGGACCAAUCCCUGGUGUGCUUGGCAAUCUCACCAUGCUCGCUAGGCUUGACCUCUCGUCGUGCAAGCUCCAUGGAGAGAUCCCAGUGCAAUUGGGAAUGCUCAUGCAUCUUAGCAUCUUGAUGCUUUCUCUCAAUCGACUAAAGGGCUCCUUCCCUGCUUUUCUUGGCAAUAUGACCGAAUUAUCUGCCAUAGAGCUGGACUUCAAUCUGUUGACCGGAUCAGUACCAGAUUCACUUGGGAACAUGAGAUCGCUUGAGCAUCUCAACAUUGGAGGCAACCACCUCCAAGGGGAGCUUGGCUUCUUGGCUGCCCUCACCAAUUGCAGGGAGCUCCAAUUCUUAAAUUUGCAGAUGAAUUCUUUCACCGGAAGACUUCCAGAUUAUGUCGGAAACCUCUCCAGGAAGCUCCUGGUUAUCGAUGCCACAGGCAACAAGUUGGCCGGAGGAAUCCCAGCAACAUUAUCGAAUCUAAGUAGUCUCAGCUCGCUGAUCCUUCUGAACAAUCAGCUAAGCCAGGCGAUCCCAGCAUCUAUCAUGACUAUGGAGAGUCUUGAGAGGAUUGACAUCUCAGGGAAUAGUUUUGUUGGCCCCAUCCCGACACAAAUUGGUAUGCUCAGGAGACUAGUACAACUGUUUCUCAACAACAACAAUUUCUCUGGCUCAAUACCAGAUGGUCUUGGUAAUCUUACUAUGUUAGAGUACAUUUCGUUAUCUCAUAACCAACUAUCUUCAGGUUUACCAGCAAGCUUGUUUCUUCUGGAUAACCUCGUCUACCUAAAUCUGUCGCAAAACUCUCUGACUGGUGCAUUACCAUCUGAUCUUGGCCACAUGAAACAAAUCGACAAAAUAGAUCUCUCUGCCAACAACUUGGCUGGCAGCCUCCCAGAUUCUUUUGAACAGCUCGCAAUGUUAACUUACCUAAACAUGUCCCACAACUCGUUUAAAGGCUCAAUUCCAUACACUUUUCGCAGUUUAAUUAGCUUGGCAACAUUGGACUUGUCCUCCAACAAUCUUUCUGGUACCAUUCCAAUGUACUUGGCAGGCUUAACCUACCUCACCAGCUUGAACCUGUCCUUCAACGAGUUACAAGGUCCAGUACCAGAUGGAGGUGUUUUCAGAAGUAUCACCUUGCAGUCAUUGAUAGGGAAUGAUGGAUUGUGCGGCGCUCCCCGUCUAGGAUUUUCUCCAUGCCAGGAAAGUUCUCAAUCGACUAAUAGACACUUGCUAAAAUUUCUGCUCCCUUGUGUCUCCUUAAUCUUUGGGGCUAUAGCCAUUUUCAUAUACCUGUUGAUCAGAAAAAAUAUUACAAAUAAGCAAGCAAAGGGAACAGCAUCUGGUAAUGGAGAUGAUGUAAUCACUCAUAGGUUAGUGUCAUAUCAUGAGAUUGUUCGCGCCACGGAGAAUUUCAGCGAGGAUAACAUACUGGGAGUUGGAAGUUUUGGGAAGGUUUUCAAAGGUCGACUGGACGAUGGAAUGGUGGUUGCGAUUAAAGUCCUCAACAUGCAUGUGGAACAAGCUAUCACAAGUUUUGACGUUGAGUGCGAAGUUCUACGCAUGGUCCGGCACCGCAACUUGAUAAGGAUACUUAACACUUGUUCAAACAUAGAGUUCAGAGCCUUGCUGCUUCGGUACAUGCCCAAUGGCAGCUUGGAGGCAUACUUGCACGCUGAAAGCCGCCCUCCACUAGGAUUGCUCGAGAGAUUAGACAUUAUGCUUGACGUGUCAAUGGCAAUGGAGCACCUGCACUAUCAUCACGGUGAGGUCAUCCUGCACUGUGACCUCAAGCCUAGCAAUGUUCUGUUUGAUGAGGAGAUGACGGCGCAUGUUGCAGACUUUGGCAUUGCAAAAAUAUUGUUAGGUGACGACAGCUCCGCCAUUUCAGCAAGCAUGCCAGGGACAAUAGGAUACAUGGCUCCAGAGUAUGCAUUCAUGGGAAAAGCAUCGCGGAAGAGUGAUGUGUUCAGCUUCGGAAUCAUGCUGCUUGAAGUCUUCACUGGGAGAAGGCCCACAGAUCCCAUGUUUGUUGGAGAAAUGAGCCUUAGGCAAUGGGUUUUUGAAGCACUUCCAGAAAGACUUGCAGAUGUUGUGGACGAAAGGCAGCUCCAAGGUGAAAUAGUAAUACAACAAGGUGGUCUCCGGCGCAAUAAUAAGACUUCCUUGGGAAGUUCUUCUACUUGCGAAAAUGAAAAGCUUCUUUUGUCAGUAUUCGAGCUUGGCCUAGUGUGUUGCAGUGACUCGCCUGCGCAGAGGAUGGAAAUGAACGAUGUUGUUGCAAAACUGAAGAGCAUCAUGGACUCAACUUCAUGCUUGUAAAUUAUGCAUGGGUUUGCAUUACUGCCAAUUACUGAUGUGAUUAGCUAGUAUAAGGCCUGUCUUGCAUGAUGUAUUCUGUACUUAGGAAACCUGUUAUAUGAUUAUGCUGUCGAUUCAGGAUGUCUAACUUA